UUCGCUCCCUAACUACUCCGUUCUCCGCGCGGGGCGCCUCCGAAACCGAAAAAUCGCCCGCCGAGGAAAAUGAUGCCCCACGUUCAACGCGGCGAUUUUGCGCGAUUCCUCGGCGCUCCCCCUUCUCCUCCCACCACGCACCGCGCACCUCGAACCCUUCACUCCCCUCGUCGUUUCCCUCCGGCGAGGCCCCUCGCCGCCGCCGCCGCAGAUCGCCGGAGCUCCGGGGACGAUGGCUCCGAGACCCGCCGAGCCCUCUCCGGGACGCGGCGCGAGAUCAUCCUCCUCCCCUCCUUGGCCAUUGCCAUCGGCUCCCUCCACUCCGCCGCCAUGGCGGCGGCGGAGGAGAAACCCCCGUCCGCGCCUUCCCCCACCGCCGCCCCUUCUCCGAGCGCGGAGAAGGAUAACGAGAAGGAGAAGGAGAAGAGGGAGGAGGAGGGGGAGAUCCAAUCUAGGGUUUACGACGCGGCGGUGAUCGGGGAGCCCGAGGCGGUGGGGAAGGACAAGAGGAGGGUGUGGGAGAAGCUGAUGAGCGCGCGCGUGGUCUACUUGGGCGAGGCCGAGCUCGUCCCCGAUCGAGACGAUAGGGAUUUGGAGCUGGAGAUUGUGAAGAAUCUCCGAAAUCGCUGCUCGGAGCUGGAGCAGCAGCGAUCGAUCUCUCUCGCUCUCGAGGCCUUCCCCUGUAAUCUUCAAGAACAGCUUGAUCUAUUCAUCGAUCGAAGAAUUGAUGGGGCGAGCUUAAGAUCGUACGCCUCUCACUGGCCGCCUCAGCAUUGGCAAGAGUAUGAACCUCUUUUGAACUACUGUCGCGAUAACGGCAUCAAGCUUGUUGCUUGUGGUACUCCGCUUGAGGUUCUAAGAACUGUUCAAGCUGGAGGGAUUCGAGGCCUUUCUAAGUCGGAACGCAAGCUAUAUGCUCCACCAGCCGGUUCGGGCUUCAUUUCCGGCUUCACAUCUAUGACCGGCAGGUCACUUAUAGACAAGAUCUCGUCAAAUCACUCUCGUCCUUUUGGCCCUGGUUCCUACUUAUCUGCACAGGCAAGAGUCGUUGACGAUUAUACUAUGUCCCAGAAUAUCAUGCAAGCGAUAAUUGAUGGAGGCUCUUCAGGUAUGCUUGUAGUUGUGACUGGCGCGAGCCAUGUCAUUUGUGGUGCGAGAGGGGUCGGAAUUCCAGCUAGAAUAUCAAAGAAAUUGCAGAAGAAAAACCAAGUGGUUAUAUUACUAGAUCCUGAGAGGCAAGAAAUAAGGAGAGAAGGUGAAAUCCCUGUUGCUGAUUUCUUGUGGUAUUCAGCUGCUAAGACUUGCAGUAGAAAUUGCUUUGAUCGGGCCGAGAUUGCUCGGGUAAUGAAUGCAGCUGGUAGGAGGCGAGAAGCUCUUCCUCAGGAUCUUCAGAAAGGAUUGGAUCUCGGUGUAGUAUCACCUGAGAUUUUGCAAAACUUUUUCGACCUUGAGAAAUAUCCUGUUGUUGCUGAACUCAUUCACCGAUUCCAAGGUUUCCGCGAAAGACUAUUGGCAGAUCCGAAAUUCCUACAUAGAUUAGCGAUAGAAGAGGCUAUAUCGAUAACGACAACACUCUUAGCACAAUAUGAAAGACGAAAAGGGCGUUUCUUUGAAGAGAUUGACUACGUUCUUACCGAUACUAUAAGAGGCUCUGUUGUCGAUUUCUUCACUGUGUGGCUUCCUGCUCCAACUCUAUCAUUCCUGUCUUAUGCUGAUGAUAGCUCUUUGGAAAACUUAGAAUUGGUUAAAGGGCUUUUAGGAUCCAUUCCAGACAAUGCCUUCCAAAAAAGUGCUGUUGGAAAGGACUGGAGUGUGAAUCAGAGGUUUGCAUCGGUGCUAAUUGGUGGCAUGAAACUUGCUGGCGUUGGGUUUGUCUCUAGUAUCGGAGCUGGAGUUGCUUCAGAUGUCUUGUACGCAAUUCGCCGAGCUUUAAGAACUUCAUUCACUGUAAACGAAGGGCGUAAAAGAUCUCCCAUACUGAAAUCAGCAGUUGUUUAUGGGAGCUUUCUGGGAACAUCGGCAAACCUACGAUACCAGAUAAUUGCUGGAAUAGUGGAACAUCGGCUUUCAGAGCAUUUACUAUCGUAUUACAAUCAGCCAUUUCUUGCUAAUAUGUUGUCUUUUGUUGUUCGCACUAUCAACUCAUACUGGGGAACACAGCAAUGGGUCGAUCUUGCUCGAUUCACUGGAUUGCAGCCACAGAAGAAAGAACAAAGUUCUGCUCAAAUUUCCAAUACACCUGAAAUUCCGCUACUAGAGUGCAGCGCGACUUUAGACGAAAGCAAUAAUCAGUCAAGCGACGAUGGCUCCAAUUUAUAGGGUAACCCACAUUUCGAUUAAAAAAUCCUCACUAACAUAACCAUAUACAUGCAUUUUUUGAGAAGAACAAACAGAUUGAAGGAGUAAGAUUACUGUUGCAUAGUUGAAACUCUGAACAAUGAGAUUGCGUGAUUGGAGACUUCACCUGCCGUACAAUGUAAACGUUUUGGCAGCAGAAGCUCUCUCUCUCUCUCUCUUCCAAAUAUAUGUAUACGUUUGCUCUUUCCGAGCAAUCAGAUUUUCUUCAGUAUAUCAUCCUUAUUCUUUGUAGAUGAUACAGCAUUUCUUGUAAAGGUGAAAAACAUUUUUAAA